ACUACGUUGGCAACAUGGCGUCCACUGAUGUCCACGUCCGGAUAUGUGAACAAGAAAUACUGAAAUAUGACUUGGAAAUCAAGGCCCUUAUUCAGGAUAUUAACGCGUGUGAAGGACCCCAAAGCAAGCUGACAGAACUGAACGCAGAUGUGAAAAAGAGUUUUCACAAUCUGAGACUGCGAAUUCAGGAUUUAGAGCAGAUGGCACUAGAGCAGGACAAAGAGUCUGACAAACAGGUUUUAAUGAGUCAGGUGGAAGGACACAGAAAACAGAUGCUCAGUAACCAGACAGUUUGGAGGAAAGCCAACCUGGCCAGCAAGCUGUCCAUCGAUAACAUGGAGAAGCAGGCUCUUCUUAAUGGAACAGAGAGUGCGGCCAGGCAGAGAAAAAUGACCAAAGAGAGCCUGGCGCAGACAGCCAGUGACAUCACCGAGAAUCUGAUGAGCAUCAGCCGGAUGAUGGCGCAGCAGGUUAAUCAGAGCGAGGAGACCAUGACCACACUAGCAACCUCAUCUAGAACUGUCCAAGAGACCAAUGACGAGUUUAAGACGAUGACGGGGACCAUCCAGCUUGGGAGGAAACUCAUCACCAAGUACAACCGCAGAGAGCUCACAGACAAACUGCUCAUUUUCCUGGCGCUUGCCCUCUUCCUUGCCACCGUCCUGUACAUCCUCAAGAAGAGACUGUUCCCCUUCCUGUAGACCAGGUACCCUUGAGGACUCUCCCUUUUCCACAGACAGCACUUUCCACAGCUAGAGGGAGGGAUUCAUACAACUUUGAGUGCUGCUUGUCACAUUUCCCAAGCUACACUUGAGUUUUCACUAAGGAAUGUGGACGGCUCCCUCUCUGAACUGUGAUGCAUGCAGAGGAAGAUAAAUAAAGCACUCAUGGUUUCAAA